CAGCUCGAGGCUUUCAAUAAAAACAGUAGUUUGAUUAAGUAUUUCUCCUUAUGGCUCAUAAUUACCGCUGCUUCUUUGACAUGGGGAUCGAUGGGAAGCCUGUUGGAAGGAUUAUUAUGGAAUUAUUCUCACAGGUUGUUCCUAAGACAGCCGAAAACUUCCGUUGCUUGUGCACCGGCGAAAAAGAUGGCCGUCUUAGCUAUAAAGGCGUGAAAAUUCAUAGAAUUAUAAAAAAUUUUAUGUUACAAGGUGGUGAUAUUCUGAGUGGAAACGGGACUGGGCCUUCCAUGUCUAUUUUCGGCGGUGCAUUUGAUGAUGAAAAUUUUUUACUUAAACACGACGAGCCCUUUUUACUUUCCAUGGCAAAUAGAGGCCCAAAUACCAACGGAAGCCAAUUUUUUAUAACUACUCAGCCUGCUAAUCAUCUUAAUGGAAAACACGUGGUUUUUGGUAAAGUAAUUCGGGGGCAGGAUGUAGUGAAACUUAUUGAAGAUGUCGACACCGAUUCUACUGAUGCACCCUUUUCAAGGAUUACUAUUAUGAAAUGCGGCGAACUUGUAAAAAAAUUACCAUCCAAAGAAAAUUUAAAGCAAUCUUCAAAAUCUAAGAUAAAGUCCGCUUCUGAAAGCUCCUCUGAAGAUGAAAAGGUUGUAAAACGAAAUUUAAAGAAAAAAAAAAAGGCAGUCGAUCACAAGAAAGAUGAUAAUAAAAAUGAAAAGUUGCAAAAUAUUAACUUAGAGGAAGUUAAAGAAAAUGAAGAUCCAAGCACUGCUAGAAAAGAUAAGAAGAAAAAUAAUUAUGAGAGUUGUCGUAUUUCAAAAUCUGGACGGCUCAUACGCGGGCGUGGGUAUAUGCAGUAUCGCACGCCGUCCCCUCCCGAAGAUGGCCUGUACAGCCGAAGACAUCGAAGCAGAUCUUAUUCGAAAAGAAGACCCAGUCUGCGGCAAAGAUCACGAUCGAGAUCUUCACGUAGAAGCAAUUAUAAAAAAAUACACGAGGCUCGGUCUCGGUCUCCUCGAAAUCAAAGUUUAGCCACCGUUUCUGCUUUGGGCGAUUCUAGUUUAAGGAAAAAAAGGAGCCGCAGUCGGAGUUCUACUAAUAGGCGGCGCUUAGUUACCCGCUCAUCAAAAUGGGACCAAUGAUUUGGAAAAUAACUUUUCUUUGGUUUAAUUUAUAUACGCGGU